UAGCUAAUUAUAGCUACGACGAUGAAUCAACGAGUAGAAUCAGCUGUUACUCUCUUCCUACUAAUAAUCUUCAUCAACUGCAGUGUCAUUGCGGAGGAAGAUGCUAAUCCUUUCAUUUCACUGCCAACCAGAUCAGCAAACUCCCUCUUCCUCCUCCUCUAUCCCUCCUGUCCCAUCAUCUCCUGUGUUUCCAGUCUUUACCAGAGUCCUGAAUGCCUUCCCUCCCAGUGAGGUGGAUGGUAGCCAUGUCUCAGUUGUUCUAGAUGAGGACAAAAUUGAGGGGGGUGGCCUACGGUAGAGUCCUUGAGAAAGAGACUAUGAUAGGAGCUGUUGAAGACUUUGUCAUUGACUUCAAGAACCCAAACAAGGAGCUGUGGAGGACUACGGAGUGGCAGAGUACGGCUACAUUGAAGGAGAGGUGGGGAUGGGAGACGAGGUGGUGGUGAUUGUGAGGAGGAGCCAGACACACCCUCACCAGCCUG